AUGUUAUGGGGGGGGUGGUUGGUGGAUUUGGUGGAUGGGAGUGUUUUGGGUGUUAAUUUUAUGUGGGGGGGAUUUGGGGGUGGGUGGUGGGGGUGGUGGGUGGUGUGGUGGGGGGGUGGGUGUGGGGGGGUUGGUGGGGGGGUUGGGGUGGGUGGGUGUUGGUGGGUGGGGGGUGGGGGGGUGUGGGUGGGGUGGGUGGGUGUGGGGGUGGGUGUGUUGGGGGGUGGGUGGGUGGUGGUUGUGGGGGGGUGUUGGGUGGUGUGGGUGGGGUUGGGUGGGGUGGGGGGGGUGGUGGGGUUGGGUGGUGGGUGUUUGGGUGGGUGGGUGGGGUGGUGUGUGGUGGGGGGUGGGUGGGGGGGUGUGGGUGGGUGUGUGGGGGGGUGUGGGGGUGUGGUUGGGGGUGGUUGUGGGUGGGGGUGUGUUGGUGGUUUGGUUGGGGGUGUGGUGGGGUGGGUGUUGGGGUGGUUUGUUGGUGUGGUGGGGUGUGUGGGGUGGGUGUGGUUGGGGGUGGGGUGGUGUGGGGUGGGUGGGGUGGUGGUUGGGGGUGGUGGGGGUUUGGUGUGGGGUGUGGGGUGGGGUUGUGGGGGGGGGUGGUGUGGGGUGGGUGGUGGGUGGGUGUUGGGGGGUGGUGGGGUGUGGUUGUGGGGGGGUUGGUGUGGGGUGGUGGGUGGGUGGGGGUGUUGGGGGUGGGGGGUGGGUGUGUUGUGGUGUGUGGGGGUGUGGGGUGUGGGUGGUGGGGGGUGGGUGUUGGGUGUUGGUGUGGGGGUGGGUGUUGGGUGGUGGGUGGGGUGGUGUGGGGGUGGUUGGGGGGGUUGUGGGUGGGGGUGUGGGUGGUGUGGGGUGGGGGUGUUGGGGUGGGGGGUGGUGUGGGGUUGUUGGUGGGGGGGGUGGGGUUGUGGUGUGGUGGGGUGUUGGUGGGGUGGGGGUGGGGUGGGGGGGUGGGUGGGUGUGGGGGUGGGGGGGGGGGGGGGUGUUGGGGUGUGGGUGGUGGGGGUGGUGUGGGGGGGUGUGGGUGGUGGUGGGGUGGUGUGGGGGUGUGGGUGUGUGGGUGGGGUGUGGUUGGGUGUGGUGGGGUGGGGGGUGUGGUGGUGUGGGGUGGGUGUGGGUUUGGGGGGGGGUGGGGUGUUGGGGGGGUGGGGUGGGGGUGGGUUGGGGGUGUGGGGGGGGUUGGGUGGGGUGGGGGUGGGUGGGGUGUGGGGGUGUGGGUGUGGGGGGGGGUGGGGGUGGUUGGUGUGGGUGGGGGGUGGUGGGUGUGGGGGGGGGGUGGGGUGGGGGUGUGUUGGGGGGUGGGUGGGUGGGGGGUGGUGUGGUGGUGGGGUGGGGUUGGUGGGGGGUGGGUGGGGUGUGGUGUGGUGGGGGUGUUGGUGGGGUGUGGGGUGGUGUUGGGGUGGGGUGGUGGGGGGGUGUUGGUGGUUGGGUGGGGGGGUGUUGGUGGUGUGGGUGGUGUGGUGGGUGGGUGUGGGGGGUGGGGUGUGGGGUUGGGGUGGGUGUGGGGUGUGGGUUGUGGGGGUGUGGUGGGUGUGGUGGUGGGGGGGUGGGGUGGUGUGGUGGGGUUGGGUGGGUGUGGGUGGUGUGUGGGGUGGGUGUGGGGGGGUUGGGUGGUUGUGUGGGGUGUGGGUGUGGGUGUGGUGGUUGUGGGGGUGGUGUUGGGGUGGUGGGGUGGUGUGGGUGGGGUGUGGUGGGGGUGGGUGGGGUGUUGGGGGUGGUGUGGGUUUGGUGGGGGGUGGUGGUGGGGGGUGUUGUGGGGGUGGGUGGGGGGGGUGGGGGGGUGUGGUGUGGUGGGGUGGUUGGGGGGGGGGUGGUGGGUGGGGGUGUGGUGGGUUGUGGGUGGGGGUGGGUGGUGUUGUGGUGGUGGGUGUGGGGGUGGGUGGUGGUUGGGUGUGGGGGGGGUGUGUGGUGGGUGUGGGGUGGGUGGGGUGUUGGGGGGGUGGGGGGGGGGUUGUGGGUGGGUGGUGGGGGUGUGGGGGGUGGGGGUGGUGUGGGGUGGUGGGUGGGGGGGUGUGGGGGGGUGGGGUGGGGUGGGGGUGUGGUGUGGGGGUGGUGUGGGUGGGUGGGGUGGGUGUGGUGGGUGGUGUGGGUGGGGUGGGGGUUGGGGUGGGUGGGUGGUGGGGGUGGGGUGGGGUGUGGUGGGGGGUUGUGGGGGUGGGGGGUGGUGGGGUGUGGUGGGGGUGGGUGGUGGGGGUGGGGUUUGGGUGGGGGUGGGGUGUGGGUGUGGGUGGGGUGGUGGGGUGUGGGGGGUUGGUGGGGGGUGUGGGGUGUGGUGGUGUGGGGGGGGGGUGUGGGUGGGGGUGGGGGGGUGUGGGGGGUGGGUGUGUGGGGUGGGGUGUGGGUGGGGGUUGGGGGGGUGGGGUGUGGGUGGGGUUGGGGGGGUGGGGUGUGUUGGGGGGUGUGGGUUGGGUGGGGUGGGGUGUGGGGUGGGGUGUGGGUUGGUGGGUGGGGUGUGGGGGUUGGGUGGGUGGGUGUGUUGGGGGGGGGUGUGGUUGGUGUUGGGUGUGGGGUGUGUGGUUGGGGGGUGUGGGGGUGUGUGGGUGUUGGGGGUGGGUUGGGGGGUGUGGUGUGGGGGGGGGUUGGUGGGGUGGGUGUUGGUGGGGGUGGGUGGGGUGUGGGGUGGGGGGGUUGUGGGUGUUGGUGGGGGUGUGGGUGGGUGGGUGGGGGUGGUUUGGGGGGGGGUGGGUUGGGUUUGGUGUGGGGGUUGGUGGUUGUUGGUGGGGGGGUGGGUUGGGGGGUGUGUGGGGGUGGUUGUGGUGGUGGGUGUGGUGUGUUGGGGGUGUGGGGUUGUGGGUGGGUUGUGGGGUUGGUGGGGUGUGGGGUGGUGUUGGUGGGGUGGUGUGGGGGUGUUGGGUGGGGUGUUGUGGUGUGUGGGGGGUGUGUGGGUUGUGGUGUUGUGUGGGUGGUGGGGGUGGGGGUGUGUUGGUGGGUGGUGGGGGGUGUGGGGGUGUUGGUGGGUGUGGGGGUGGGUGGUUGGUGGGGUUGUGGUGGGGGGGUGGGGUGGGGGUGGUUGGGGUGGGGGGUGUGGGUGGUGUGGUUGUGGGUGUUGGGUGGUGUGGGGUGGUGGGGGUUGUGGGUGGGGUGGGGGGGUUGGGGUUGGUGGGGUGGUGGGUGGGGGUGGUGGUGUGGUGGGUGUGGGGGGUGGGGUGGUUUGGGUGUGGGGUGGGGUGGUGGGGGUGUGGUGGGGGGUGUGGUGGGUGUGGUUGUGUGGGGUUGGUGGGGGGUGGGGGUUGGGGGUGUGGUGGUGGGUGGGGGUUGUGGGGGGUGUUGGGGUGGGGGUGGGUGUUGGGGGGUUGGGGGGUGGUGGGGUGGUGUGUGGUGGGGUUGGGUGGUGGUUGUGGGGGUGGGGGGUGUUGUGGUGUGGGGUGGUGGGGGGUGGGGUGGUUGGGGUGGUGGUUUGUGGGGGGGUGGGGGUUGGUGGGGUGGGGUGGGGGUGGGGGUGGGUGGGUGUGGUGGUGUGGGGUUGUGGGUGUGGUGGGGGUGGGUGUGGGGUGUUGGUGGUUUGUGGGUGGGGGGGGUGGGUUGGUGUGUGGUUGGGUGUUGGGGUUGUGGGGUGUGUGGGGGUGGGUGGGGUUGUGGUGGUGGGUUGGUGGGGGUGUGGGUGGGGUUGUGUGGGGGGUGGGUGGGUGGGGUGGGUUGGGGUUGUGGGGGGGGGGGGUGUGGGUGGGGGGUUGGGUGGGGUGUGGGGUGGUGGGUGGGGGUGUGGUGGGGGGGGUUGGGGUGGUUGUUGGGUGGGGGUGGGGGGUGGGGGGUGUGGUUGUGGGUGUUUGGGUUGUGGGUGGUGGGGGGUGGGUGGGUGUUGUGGGUGUGUGGGGUUUGGGUGUGUGGGUUGGUGGUGGUUGGUGUGGUGGGUGUUGGGUGGGUGGUGGGGGGGGGUGUGGUGGGGGUGUGGGGUGGGUGGUGGGUGGUGUUGUGGUGUUGGGUGGGGUUGUGUUGGGGGUGUGGUGUGUUGUUGGGUGGUGUGUGGGGUGUGGGUGGUGGGGGGUGGGGUGGGGUUGGGUGGUUGUGGGGGUGGGUGUGGGUGGGGUGUGUGUGGUUGGUGUUUGUGGGUGGGGGUGUGGGGUGGGUGGGUUGGGGUGGUGGGGGGUUGUGGUGGUUGUGGGUGGUUGGUGGGUGGUGUUGGGUGUGGUGUGUGGGGUGGGGGUGGGUGUGGUGUGUGGUGGGGGUUGGUUGUGUGGGUGUGUUGUUGGGGGUGUGGGGUGUGGUUUGGUGGUGUGGGUUGUGGUGUUGGGUGUGGUGUGGGGUGUGAGGGUGGGGAAUUUAUUUAUAGGGAGAGUAAUUGGAGGGAUGAAUAAGGUGAUGGAUUGUGAUGGGGGGGGAAUGGGGGUGGGGGAGGAUAGUAGGAGUGGGAGGGAGAUUAAGAGGAAGGAUCGGGGGAAGCAGCAGCUCGCAUCCCGUUCUCCUCCUCUGCUCUCCGGCUUCACUCCGUCCGCCCUCCCGCUGCGCAGCUCCGGGACCUCCAGGACCUCCACACACACACCCCACACACCCACACCCACUCCCGGGGACAUGGCGCAGGACCACAGCGGCUUCCAGGAGCUCGAGGACGGAGACGAGCUGUUCCCAGACCCCGACGAGUCGCCUCAGGAGCAGAGCACAAAUGGACCCCGACAGAGCUGCAUGUUUGAGGAGGACCCUGACGACCUGUUCGCUGAGGCCACAGAGGAGGUGUCCUUGGACAGCCCAGAGCGGGACGUGCUCCUCUCGGAUGGUCCCUCACCCGCACUCACACCCCUUUCUCCCCCAAGCUCUGUGAUGGCCCCUCGACUGGCCCCCGACAUGUUCACGCACUCCUCCUUCGAUGAGAUAGAGGAAGAGGAGGCUGGGGACUCUCUGGACAUCCUCAUCUCGGUGUCAGACCCAGAGAAAGUCGGAGACGGGAUGAACGCUUACAUGGCCUACAAAGUCACCACAAAGACGACGCUGUCCUUGUUCAAACUCAAAGACUUCUCUGUGAAACGCCGCUUCAGUGACUUCUUAGGACUUCACAGUAAACUGGCCUCAAAAUACCUCCACAUCGGCUACAUCGUGCCCCCCGCCCCAGAGAAGAGCAUUGUGGGAAUGACGAAAGUGAAAGUGGGGAAAGAGGACCAGUCGUCAAAUGAGUUUGUGGAAAAGCGACGCUGUGCUUUAGAGAGGUACCUGAUGCGGACGGUCAAACACCUGGUUCUACUCAAAGACCCAGAUCUGCUGCAGUUCCUCGAGAGCCCAGAGCUGGCGCGGGCCGUGAGCACUCAGGCUCUGAGUGGAGCUGGACUCAUGCGGAUGAUGAACAAAGCUGCAGACGCCGUCAACAAGAUGACCAUCAAAAUGAACGAGUCCGACACCUGGUUUGAGGAGAAACUGCAGCACUUUGAGAACCUGGACGUUCAGCUGAGGAAACUCCACAUCAGCAUCGAGUCGCUCGUCUGUCACCGGAAAGAGCUGUCGUUGAACACGUCCCAGUUCGCUCGCUCGGCCGCCAUGUUGGGGAACAGCGAGGAGCACACGGCUCUGUCCCGCGCGCUCUCGCAGCUCGCCGAGGUCGAGGAGAAAGUGGAGACGCUUCAGAACCAACAGGCCACAAACGACUCCUGCCUCCUGUCCGAACUCGUAGGAGACUACGUCCGCCUGCUCGCUGCUGUGAAGGGCGUGUUCGAGCACCGGGUGAAGACGUGGCAGAAGUGGCAGGACACUCAGCUGUUGCUUCAGAAGAAGAGAGAAGCGGAGGCCAAACUACAGUUCACCAACAAACCAGACAAGCUGCAGCAGGCGCGGGACGAGAUCAAAGAGUUGGAGCUGAAGGUGUCUCAGGGCGAGCGGGACUUUGAGCAGAUCUCAAAAACCAUCCGCAAAGAAGUGUCGCGGUUCGAGAAAGACCGAGUGAAGGAUUUUAAAGAGAUUAUCGUUAAAUAUCUGGAAACACUGCUGCUGUCGCAACAACAGAUGAUUAAAUACUGGGAGGCCUUUUUACCUGAAGCCAAGGCCAUCUCAUAG